AAAGUCCUACGCGAGGACGGAAGAAGUAGUUGCUUACUUGCUUGUGAUAUCAUCUUAAGAAUUAAAAAGUUCAAUGGAGCUAACAAAGAUUUGAACUUUGGAAAAAGGAGUAAUCAUUCAAAAAUGGCAGCCGGAUUGUAGUGUACCGAACUGCCAUUUCGGUUAUACCGAGCCACACUUUGCCUAGUCUGUUCAUCAUCAAUUGGCGCUUGGAUAAUUUUGAUUUUGGAGAAGCCAUGGAUGACACGGGAAUCGACAAGAUACAAAUCUCAGGCCCAACCCUCGCCGCCCUCCUCCACCGUUUCUCCGCCGCUCCCGGUGACCUCCACGGCCUUCUUUAUGGUAAUCUUUCUUUCUCCACCACAAACUCUCUCUCCGAUGACACCUCCGCCUCCACUUCCUCCUCCGCCGCGGACGGCUCCAGCGGCCCGACCCUCACUGCAAUCGUCACAUCCUUCACCUCUGUCCCUGCUCACCUCUCCCUCCCUUACAAGUCCCACAGUCAGGAGCCAUCCUCAACCCUCAUCGGCUGGUUCUCCGGCCGCCGGAGAACCGCCCCCCGCCCCUCGCUUCACGACUCUACCACCACGUUGUCCCUCAACUCACUCACUUCUCUAUCAAUCACUCCCCAGAACUCCCCGCAUUCCGUCUCUCUUCCCCCUUCUAUCUUCAUUCUCCUUACGACGCCGUUCCAGGACCAGCUCAUACACACCCAUGAGUAUAAGGCUUUCCAAUACCGGAUUUCCACCUCUUCUUUCGAUCCCAAAAGCCUUGAUAUCAUCAAUAUUGGCCCGUUUUUCCGAUCUCAUUACGAGUCUUUCUGUCCGAACUCUCCAUUUCCUUCUUUGACCUGUGACUUGAGGUGCUCCAAUGCAAUGGUUGAGGAUGAGAAAACUGAGAACCCGGCUGGAAUUCAACAGGGAGUGAAAGAUCAAAAGGAAUUGGAUAUGUGUGCAGAAGGGUUUGAAGUUGCCAGAUUCAGUAACCUAUUAGGGUCUAAUGCAGCCAAUUACACUGCUGAAGUAGAGCAGUUGUACGGGAAAAUGCUUGCCAAGCUUGACAGCUUGUCCAGACUGGUGGAGAAGAGCUCUGCCAGAGUUCUUGAACAGGAAAAUCAUAAUUUGAAACUAAGGUGCAAAGUUGCUGGCCUGCAGUGAAUUUGUGUUGUUACUUUGCUGACCAAAUCAUAGACCUUGCUAAGAUCAUUUGGAGGUGAAUGAAUUGUCACAUGGAAGCACUAAUGUGUAUGUAGAGUAGACUACUUGACUAUUGUUGAUCUCAUUUUGUCGCACUUUAUGAUGGUGUUAGAUGUUUUGAUUGACCUGCAAUUGGUCACCUCAUGAAUGUACACUUGGCGUUGUCUGACUAUAAUUAUUUUGCUCCUUUUAGCUAUAUGUUGCUUUCCCAUUUUGUUCAUAUUUACUAGUAGGCAUUGUAAUUUUUUCUUCAAACUCCAUUUUUAUUGUUUUACAGAAAAUGGAUGAAGUCAAUGGAUUUGGUGCCAGCUUCUUAUGUUUUAUUUUGCUCUUCUUCCUG